AUGGCAGCACGCAUGGUGUCGAGCCACGUUCUGUGGAUCAGUGGGAUUCUGUUGUUGCUAAACGGAUUGAUGUGUGUACGUAGUGAAAUGAAAAAAUCGUGGAAAGUGAAAAGCGGCGACGAGAACACCGUGGAAAGCGCCGUACCGGAACCAAAGUUGUUGAAGCCAGUGAAAACGGCACGAUUCGAGACGAAAAUUCUUCCACAGGAACACGUUCGACAGCGAAAUGAUUUGCAAAUGACAACAGACAGUGUACCACAAAAAUCAUCGACCCCUCCAAUUACUAGUACUGUAACUACUUAUAAUCAGACAAUGCGAAGUAGACUACGUAGCACAUAUGUAGGAAAUAAAACAUCUAUGUAUAGUUCUACUCGAGACAGUUCUAAGGUGGCUCCUUUUAUGGAAGACUUAGAUCCUGAUAUUCAAAUUGAAGAUAUUUCUGCUGACGUGUCGGAUGGAGAUGACUAUGGUCUGGGAUUGGAUGAGAGUUUGAUGGCGAAGACAGACAAACAUACCAGCGCUGAAAUGGAAGGCUAUUCAGAAGGUUACGAAAUGAUCGAAAACAUUCUGGAAGAGGUUCAUAGUAUAGCUGAUGGAGAGAAAGUGGCUCAAAAGACCCAGCAAUCAAAUGAUCAGAAAGUGGAGGAAACUGAGAAGUAUAAUUUUGCCCCAGUUCUUAAUAUGACUAUAGAUGAGCCAAAUAAUAUCGUCAAUGUAAAGUUGAACGGAAAAGUUCUCAAGGAAAUAUUCACUGGACGCGGAAAUGGUUUCGGUGGUGGCGCCAAGAAAAUUUGGAAAUACGCCAUGCCACUGUUCGUACUUCCAUUUCUGAUCCAGUCAGCGAUCAUUCCGUUCAUGCUGACUACGGUGAAACUGUUCCUGGUAAAAUCUUUCCUGGCGGGGAAGUUGGCUAUAUUCCUGUUGCUGCUCGGAGCGUUCAAAAAUUUCACUCACAAGAAGAAGGAGGAGGUGUACGUAAAGGACCUCCCGGAGAGGCGAUAUGAGCCGUACAGUGGCGAGUGGCCGUAUCCGUACCACUCGGAUAGCCGAAACGGUGGAUGGUCAAAUUGA